GGCGCACGUCAUGAUCAGGGGUGAUGCAAAAUGACCGAUGAUCCAGAGAGGCAAGCUUGAAAAAAAAUAAUCGUUUUUCUUCUUCGUUUCUCCGUCCCAGACUGAAGUUGUCAUCGUCAACGCAUGGCUUCAAGUGACUGUCCACGUGUGAGAGAUAAACGGAUCAUUUAUAGAAUCAGCGACAGCAGGCGACAUCUUGUUGGGCCUUCUCGACUCGGCUCUCUGGCGACUCUAUACCAUCCAAAUAUACCCUAUCGGCCUACUGACCCCACACCGGUCCACAGUCACCUUCCUGAACUCUUGGACCAGGACACCACCGCCAAUGAUCUCCCCCACGACCCACCCGAGUGCGCAGGCUUUGUCGCUGCUGGGAGCUGGGGGGCAUCUGCGCCGGAGACGGACGAGGUGAAUCCUCGCCCGCACCUGAACGGAGACCAUCCCAUCCUUGACGCCAUUAUUGAAGACAGCCACCACCAGACUUCCGACUUUAAAGAUCAUAAGGAGUUAGCGAGCUCGUACGGCGCGAACCCUUCUGUUCUGGAUCUAAUUCCGGAAUUACAGAGACCCCAGUCUUGUUAUUACAUUAAUUCAAGUUGUAGCCCGGGAUCCAGCACCACUAUUGGUUCGUCUGGCUGGAUUGACGGCUUCGACUGGGCAUUUCCUUCCGUGGGGAUGUCCAAGCAGUGGUCGGGCCACCUGAAGAGCGUCCUACUGGAUGUUUUCCAACAUUCAAGUGACAGCAACUUCCCCACUAUCUUACAGCCACGGUUCAAGAAAACUCCAGGCACGUCAGCUGCUCUAUUUGUUCCCAGUGUCAUGGCAUCGAUUUGGCGACAGUGUUCAGAGGAGAAUGAACCGACGAGCCCCCAGGUUACUCGCGCUGCAGAGCACCCCAUUGUCAUUUCGAAUAAGGAUUACGCUGCACCUGUAUCAGGUUCCAAAACCAAAGGAAUACCAAUGAACAAGGGAAAGAAUGCCAAAACGGCCGGUCUUUCCGCUUCAGUGAAACGAACGCCUGCGUACGGUGGCGCUACAGUACAGACAAGCUGCAGCUCAGAUACCGAGGGGCACAAUCAUGACAUGGCGGGCGGUAGGCUGGCUCGCUGGCAGGGACUGCUCAGGUAUGUCCUUGUAGGUCUGAAAAAGCCCCAGCAUUCUGACGUGGAGCUACAGGACAUGAGUUCGUUCUCACCAAGAGCUGUCUCCGCUCGCUCGACCGAUCACCAAAAAAAUCACCAAGAGUCGGCAGAAAGUCCACUCGGCGAAGUGACGUUUUUCCACUACAACACUGACGGGACGGAGUACUCUUGCACCAGGGUUCCUGUCACUGUUGCCCCGAAAGCAAGCUCGCAUCAACGCAGUGAAACCAGCGGAGUGACGGAAAGCCGCGAGAGCAAUACGUCUUCAGAAAUGGAAAUCAGCUCGGACAUCAUUGAAUGGGACAGUGAGGAAGAGGAUAACGAAGAAGUAAUCGAAGCAGUGUUGAUCCAGGAGGUCGAUCACAUUAACUGUGCUUGCACCAGGUUCUCCAACGAUUCUGUGGAGGAUGGUUACUCAGAGGAGGCAGGGUCGAGUAGCUUUAUCAACCUGCCUUUGACGAGUGAGUAUCCAGGUAGUACAAUCCCUAACGGUAAUAUCAACGGCAACUGUCUUGAAAAGGACAACUUUGCCGCCACCCACAGCGUUAAACGCAGGGCAAGUUCCAUCAAGAGAAUACCAAAGAUCAUUAAGAACAAGAAGAAGAAAGUGAGUUUUGCUGUUCAGUCUCUGAAUCAUAAACACAAACCCAAAAUACUUGGAUGCAGUCUUAAAGAUGACGAUAGUGACCGGAGUUGGCAAAAGCGACCAGGAAAACACCGAAAGUGGAGACGAGGUUCACAUUCCACAGAAAGGGCUGAAGAAUUUCGCGACGAACCAUUUGAAUGGCCUGAUAAUUACAUCCAAGUCAAAGUUCCUCCGAGAUGGACUCCUCCAAGAAGCGACUCUGAAGUGGACGCCUACAUCAGUGUGGCCUCCAGGUAUGUUCCCAGCGUCUACGUUAAGCUAUACAUCCAAGUGCCUAUGGUAACACACCUGUGUGAGUUGAAGACACACCUGCUCAUCUGCGUCUUCAGAUCGUUCUUCACCACCACCGAGGGACUUUACAUCAACUGGGUCAUGUCGCUGCAGUCCCACGUCUACAACUUGCUCUACAUGGGGGUGGCCAGGGUGCGAUUCAGGAGGGAAUCCAACGGCAGGCCCUGCAGGGCAUGCCUGCUGCUGUCCAAAGAUGCCACGACCCUGGUGCGUCACAAACGGUGCAGUUUGUUGAGCACGGUGGCCGACAUUCUCCAAAUUGCCCCGGAGGAGUUGCUCGUGAUGGAGAAAGGACGGAUGGACCAGAGCGACCCGGUAUAGGCAUGUGUGGAUUGACUGGAGCCAUGCAACUCUUCGAGCACUCAUCCUAAUCGUCCAUGCUUCUCUUUGAUAUGAACACAUUGCAUCAUCACUCAAGGAGUUAAAUAUGAAUCCAUUGCAUUAUUAAAAAGUCGACCUGAAAUAUUGAAGGUACCUUAUUAUUUGAUCAGAAAAUAGUCAACUUAAAAAAGCGAGACUUAGAUUCCUUGAAGCAAAGCGAUGUAUAUUAACAAACUCUCACAUUUUCACCUAUAAAAUGAGUUAUUAUUCAGAAGAUCUAAAUCGUGAGCUCUUUUAAUUUUUUUUUUAUUUAGUAACAGAAGGGACAGGCUUCGUAAGAUCGAGACAGUGAAAGUGUACAGGGAUUCUAGUUUUCAUUACCACAGCUAUUGUCUUAUGAAUCGUCUUGAUUGGGAUUCGCGUAGUUUCGUUUAAAAUGUUCGAUGUGUGCACAUUUCCGUAAACAGUCAAGCAGUUAAUUUGCAGGGGAUAAUGAUUGGUGCAGGAUUUAGGUGUUUUGUUUUGUUUUCAAAAGAACAGCUAGCGAAUUUUAUUUCCCAUUUUAUAAUGUCUGUCGUACCCCAUUCAACUGGACGAGUCCCAAUUUGGACAAACAGGGAUUUUUAUGUUUUUCUUUUGCUUUUUUGUUUAAAAUGUACAUAUUUUAUCACAAAAAUGUCUAAUCUAUUUAAAUAAGUGUAUUUGAGGUUUCAUUUUAAUAUAUCGAGAGGACAGUCAGUAUCGCAUUAUUUUGUGUUUUUUUUAGGUGAUCUUUUAUUCCGGAUGAAACGUCAUUUCAAAAUGAACUGAUUUUUAUCCCCUGCCUAGCUUUCUUAUUUCCCCAAAAUAUUUAUUUGCUCACAUGUAAAUUACAAAAUCAAAAUGGUCUAAUGGUGGAUUUGAUACAAAUGGACUGCUUCUGAUAUUCACCAGCCCGCAGUUGUACUAGUAAUAUACCCGGCCAUUUUCUGUGUGUGUGGCUUUGUUUUCCUUUACAGUUUUCAUUAUUACUGAUAUAACUUUAUUGCUCAGCACUUUUCAUAUUGAACGACAUUGUGACUGACGUUCAGUAAAGCGCAAAAGAUAACAUUUGUUUCAGGAAUUAUUGGGAAUUGUGGGGAGAAAUGUCGUUGAUGCAGUGACCAUGUUUUCGUAGAAUUUCCAACAUCUUUUUCUUCUGGAAUAUUCCAUCAAACUAAUCACCAUAUUGAAACUUUAUACCAUUUUCUUUAAAAGCACAGAAAAUCCGGACAAAAAUAAUAAUUGACUCAUCCCUGGAGUUAUCUAGAA